AGAAAGCGAAAGUCAGCAGCUCCAUUUUAUGUCGAGGGGAAAAUAAACCUUUUUAGGACUCAAACAAGAAGGAUGGAGGGAAAGAGAUCAGACUCACCAGAACCCAGCUUGGUGUCCAUGAAGACUCAACGGACAAAGUGCUAUACACAAACCUACAGCGACAGUUCUGCUGAUCUGAGCCUCCCCUAUUUGAAAGAGUACCAGCCACCACUGGUUCACAGACCACAAAAGAAGAAAUCAAACAUCAGCAGAAGUCAACUGGAGUCCAUAUUUAAGAAGCUGGAACACAAAGUCAUCGCUGUGAUACAGAAGGAGCUGAAAAGGUUUAAGAAGCUCCUGAGUCCAGAUUCCCCAGCAUGCUCUGAGAGGGAGGUGGAGGAUGAGGAGGAUCAGAGCAGCAUCAGAGAGGGAGUGCUGAAGAUCACACUGCACUUCCUGAAGAACAUGAACCACACAGAUCUCGCUCACACACUGCAGAACAAAUCUGCAGUCUAUGUGUAUCAGCAAAAGCUGAAAUCCCACCUGAGAGAGAAGUUCAAAGGAAUUAAUGAAGGAAUCUCACAGCAUGGAAGCUCAGCUCUUCUGAAUGAGAUCUACACAGAGAGAGUGUUCAGGAGACCAGCAACGCAGGAGACACCCAUCAAAUGUAAUGAUCUCUUUAAAGACACGUCCAUCAGAAGUGUGCUGAGUAAAGGAGUUGCUGGAAUUGGAAAAACAGUCUCUGUGCAGAAGUUCAUUCUGGACUGGACUGAAGGAAAAGCGAAUCAGGACGUCACCUUCAUGUUCCCACAUCCCUUUUGAGAGCUGAAUCGAAUGAAGGAGAGAAAUCUCAGUCUGAUGAAUCUCCUUCAUCACUUUUUCCCAAAAAUGAACGAAGUACAAUUAAUAAACUGUGAUAUUAACAAAAUCUUGUUGAUUUUUGAUGGUCUGGAUGAGUGUCGACUUCCUCUAAAUUUCCACAACAGUGAGAGAUUGUGUGAUGUGACAGAGUCGGCCUCAGUGGAUGUGCUGCUGACAAACCUCAUCAAGGGGAAUCUGCUUCCCUCUGCUCUCCUCUGGAUAACCUCUCGACCAGCAGCAGCCAAUCAGAUCCCUCCUGAGUGUGUAGACCAGGUAACAGAGGUACGAGGGUUCAGUGAUCCUCAGAAAGAGGAGUACUUCAGGAAGAGGAUCAGUGAUCAGAGCCUGGCCAAUAAAAUCAUCACACACAUGAAAUCCUCAAGAAGCCUCUACAUCAUGUGCUACAUCCCAGUCUUCUGCUGGAUCUCAGCCACUGUUCUCAAGAGAAUGUUGGGUGAAGCAGAGAGUGGAGAGAUCCCCAAGACUCUGACUCAAAUGUUCACACACUUCCUGAUCUUUCAGAUCAAACGCAAGGAGCAAAAGUACCCUCAGAAAUGUGAGCCUGAUCCUCAGCAGACCAGAGAGAGUAUCCUGGCACUGGGAAAACUGGCUUUCCAACAGCUGGAGAAAGGAAACCUGAUCUUCUAUGAGGAAGACCUGAGAGAGUGUGGCAUUGAUGUGAGAGAAGUGUCAGUGUACUCAGGAGUGUGUACCCAAAUCUUCAGAGAGGAGUUUGGGCUUCACCUGGGGAAGGUCUUCAGCUUUGUACAUCUGAGUGUUCAGGAGUUUCUGGCUGCUUUAUACACGUUUCUCUCCUUCAUCAGCAGAAAUGUAACAGAGCAACAAACCACUGACCUGUCUGAUCUUUUCACCAAAUCAAACAUGUCUGAUUUCCUCAGGAGUGCAGUGGACAAGGCCUUACAGAGUGAGAAUGGACACCUGGACCUGUUUCUCCGCUUCCUUCUGGGUCUCUCACUGGAAUCCAAUCAGACUCUCUUACGAGGCUUGAUGCCCCAGACAGGAAGUAGCUCUCACAGCAAACAGGAAACAGUCGAAUACAUCAAGAAGAAGAUCAGGGAGAAGCCAUCUCCAGAGAAAUCCAUCAAUCUGUUCCACUGUCUGAAUGAACUGAAUGAUCAUUCUCUCGUGCAGGAAGUACAACGCUACCUGAACAGAAGAGAUUCCUGGUGUCUCAGUGGAACCAGACUCUCUCCUGCUCAGUGGUCAGCUCUGGUGUUUGUGUUACUGAACUCAGAACAGGAGCUGGAUGAGUUUAAUUUGAGUAAAUAUGACCCAUCAGAGGAAUGUCUUCUGAAGCUGAUUCCAGUGGUCAAAGCCUCCAGAAGAGCUGAUCUGUGUGGGUGUAAACUGACAGAGGAAAGCUGUAGAGUUCUGUCCUCAGUUCUCAGCUCAAACUCCUCCAGACUGAGAGAACUGAACCUGAGUGCCAAUAACCUGCAGGAUUCAGGAGUGAAGCUGCUCUCUGCUGGACUGGAGAAUCCACACUGUACACUGGAGAUACUGAGUCUGCGUGGGUGUAAUCUGACAGAGGAAAGCUGUAGAGUUCUGUCCUCAGUUCUCAGCUCAAACUCCUCCAGACUGAGAGAACUGGACCUGAGGGACAAUAACCUGCAGGAUUCAGAAGAGAAGCUGCUCUCUGCUGGACUGGAGAAUCCACACUGUACACUGGAGAUACUGAGGUUGUCGAACUGCAGGAUUACAGGUGAAGGUUUUGCUGCUCUGGUUUCAGCUCUGAGGUCAAAUCCCUCAUCACACCUGAGAGAACUGGAUCUGAACUGUAAUAAUCCAGGAGAAUCAGGAGUGAAGCUGCUCUCUGAUCUACUGAAGGAUCCACACUGUACACUGGAGACACUACAUCUGCGUGGGUGUAAACUGACAGAGGAAAGCUGUAGAGUUCUGUCCUCAGUUCUCAGCUCAAACUCCUCCAGACUGAGAGAACUGGACCUGAGGGACAAUAACCUGCAGGAUUUAGGAGUGAAGCUGCUCUCUGCUGGACUGGAGAAUCCACACUGUACACUGGAGAUACUGAGUCUGUAUCGGUGUAAUCUGACAGAAGAAAGCUGUAGAGUUCUGUCCUCAGUUCUCAGCUCAAACUCCUCCAGACUGAGAGAACUGGACCUGAGUGACAAUUAUAAACUGCAGGAUUCAGGAGUGAAGCUGCUCUCUGCUGGACUGGAGAAUCCACACUGUACACUGGAGAAACUGAGGUUGUCUCACUGCAGGAUUACAGGCGAAGGUUGUGCUGCUCUGGUUUCAGCUCUGAGGACAAAUCCCUCAUCACACCUGAGACAACUGGCUCUGAACUGGAAUAAUCCAGGAGAAUCAGGAGUGAAGCUGCUCUCUGAUCUACUGAAGGAUCCACACUGUACACUGGAGACACUACAUCUGCGUGGGUGUAAUCUGACAAAGGAAAGUUGUAGAGUUCUUUCUUCAGUUCUCAGCUCAAACUCCUCCAGACUGAGAGAACUGGACCUGAGGGGCAAUAACCUGCAGGAUUCAGGAGUGAAGCUGCUCUCUGCUGGACUGGAGAAUCCACACUGUACACUGGAAAAACUGAGCAGUUGUCCAGAUGAAGAAGUGCUUCAGGAUUCUGAACAAUGUAGACAACAGAAAACCGACAAACAGCAUGAGCAAAACCAGAAGUUGCAGCAGGAGAACAGAGAGCAGAAGCAUUCAGUCAUCACAGAGGUAUUCAUCCCUGAAUUAGUGAAACAUGGUGAUGACAGCAGUGCAUACAGAUUUCGUUGCUCUCGUGCUGGUCAGUUUCACUGUAAAUUGACCAACCUUGGCUUUGAGAUGAAAGAGAAUGGGGAAGUGCUGUACACAAUCGUGUCCUGGGAUAACGGUCAGUUGCAGGGCCUGGGCCAAUUCCAGCCUGCAGGACCCCUGUACAACAUCAACUGCGCUGAAGGUUCAAUUCUUUAUCUGCAUGUCCCACACUGCGAGAUACAAACAGAUCACAAUCAGAUUGAACUGGCUGUGGCACAUUUCAUUGAGGGUAAUGUGGAGAUCAUUCAGCCCCUGAAAAUAACAAACACACACGUGAUCUUGGAAGUCCAAGGUCUCUCCUUGUUUGGGCUGAUUAUAAAAAGGAUCUUUGGGGAAAACCCCAUCAGUGCCCAAAUCCUUCUCUUCUACAAUGAAAAGACUGGAAAGAAGGAAAGGAGGAGAGAACUGAACAUUCACUUGUUGCCAGGAAAUGUGCCAGUUGAAGAGGUGCAGAAACGACACAACUACAGCACAUACAUUCCUUUCACCUCCGGAUGUGAACUGACACCUGGUAAAAAAUACAGACCACUCUGUGAACCUCAUAAAUCCGAGCCAGAGGUUGAGAAAUUUCUCUGUGACUAUGGACCCAACUUUCACAUCACAUUUGAGGUGAUCCUUAAGGCGGAGGUUGAAGUCCUCACAUUAGGUCUUUCAAAUGAAAUUGGUGAGGAGGUGUGGAAGCCUCGUCAGGUCUUUCUUCCAGUGAACAGUCGAGAAGCAGCUCCAGUUGCAAUGGAUAAAGCCAUUUCGUUCCUAACGCAACUGUCACUGCACGUCCUUUCCUGCACUCGCCUCUCUGUGUUCAAGAACACGGUCCCGCCCACCGCAACAUCUGAUUUGUUGUGAACUGUUUCAAGGCGGCCGUACGGGCACUCGGGAUACAGCCAAUCAACACGCAUAGCUAACCACUGUGAACUGUUUCAAGGCGGCCGUACGGGCACUCGGGCAGAAGCAGAUCCCACUU